AGAAGACCUGAAUGGAAUGAUCUAUAUUAAUGCCCUAGAAUACACCAACUCCACUUCAGUAACCUGUUUCCAGAGAACAAUCUGACCUUUUUGCGCAGCUCACUGCACACACACCAAUGCAUAUAAAUCCUUUGCGCUUCAGUACUUGAAACAAUUCGAGAUGAAAGACUCUUCCAUCGUCACCAAUUUGAGAAGUUCCAAUCACGGGUCAUGAGCGGCUCGGACUUAGUUCGGCGGAGCUUCAAAGGACUCCCAGUAGUUUAAUCGUGCUCUAUUGUGCUGAUUCAUCUCAACGCUGAAUCAGGACGCGGAUAGCACAGCAGUUCCAAUCGAGCAAGAAUUCAGAAUGGCGCACCCAGUUGGACGUCGAACUAUUGGGACUGGAUCUGCAGCUGUAUUAUCAUGUGUUUUCUCGAACAUGCUUCUGCUACUGACCACAAACUGCAGGUACACUGAUGGUGCACAAGGUCUCUUCGUGUUCGGAGAUAGUUACACAGACACUGGGGAGAAUAUGAAUUACCCGUAUGGCAUGACUUGGCCUGGAGAUGGAACAGCACACCGCUCAUCAGAUGGACGUAACGAAGUCGAUUACAUUGCGGACAAAUUUGGGGUACCCUCACCGACACCAUGGGAAUGGUUAGACGAUAACGGCAAUCCGAACAACGGCGGUGCAAAUUUUGGUGUGGGAGGAGCUGGUGUCACGGAUGCCUAUGGAUACCGAUCCUUGGAGAAGCAAGUGGACGCAUUCGAAGCGCUUGUGAAGAAAAAGACCUGGACAGAAUCUCAUUUGUCACAAUCGGUAGCGCUAAUCUCGAUCGGGGUGAACGACUACACCUACUACAAUCAAAAUGGGAAUGGGGUCGGGGGGGUUAGCGCAUAUGCUGAUACGGUGGUUGACAAAAUGGGAGCCGCCUUGCAACGAAUUCAGAGGCUCGGCAUAACUCACAUCAUGGUGGAAGAUUUGGCGCCCAUGGCCUGUAUGCCAUUUGCAACUCUCUACGUGAAUGGCGAGACUGAGUGUGUGACCAGCGACUUGCUUGACACUGAAACAAACUUACACAACCAGAAGUUGCAAGCGAAAGUGGAUGCGCUCAACGGCGGCAGGGCAAACAUUGUCAUGUUAAACCUUUACAAAGCUCUUCGCACCCUCUUCGAAAACGGGCCUGCAAUGGGAUUUACCCAACCGUAUAGUCGGUGUUGCAAAGGCAACUGCGGCAGCGGGGAUGAGGUUUGCAAUGACCCUUCGAAUCAUGUCAUCUUUGACAGCAUACAUCCAACCCAGGCUGCAUGGAAGGCGGUAACGGACCUUUACACAUAUUCACAAAGUUACACCGUGGGUCCCACUCUGGCAUUAUGGAAGCUGAACAACAAUCUUUAACAUCUCAAACCGUCCUCUGCUGCAGCGGUUUAAAGGUAGUUCGGGGAAUUGAUUUGAACACUAUCGAAGACUUUUUAAUAAGGACUUCGAAGCACGGUCCCAUUGUUCCACCGUUGCAGAGCGAGUCUGUGCAAUUGACACAUGUAACCGCGACCUUCAAUCCGUGGGUACACCGUUCUCAUAAGUAGGAGUGUAAAUUAGUAUCUGUACACGUUGAAAAUCCGUGUUAUUAGACCGUACACGUUCUCAUAAAAAGGAGUGUAGAUUCAUUUGAAUGUUCACCAUAGGUCUUCGAACUAGCCAGGACCAAAGAGGUACUUCCGGCAUCGUUGUGCACUUGCGAAGUCGACCGGAAGCUGUACGUGCAGUUCAGUUCCCUCGAUGUACUAUACUUGUGGAUAAACAAAUGAUGAUGCAGGAAUUGCAAUGUCUGCAACAGAUUUCAAAUCU